AUGUCCAAGCCAAUAAUUGUGCACAGCCACCCGGGCCCCAACCCCUGGAAGGUGGUGAUUGCGCUUGAAGAGCUUGGGGUGCCUUACGAAUGUCGUCUCAUAGGUGAUGUCAAGGGCGAGGCCUACACUAAGAUCAACCCCAAUGGUCGCGCCCCUGCCAUUGAAGACCCAAACACGGGCAUCACCUUGUGGGAGUCUGGUGCUAUCCUUGAGUACCUGGUGGACACAUACGACAAGGACAACAAGAUCAGCUACGCCUCUUUCCCAGAGAAGUACCACACCAAGCAGUACCUGCACUUUCAAAUGUCUGGUCAGGGGCCGUACUUUGGUCAGACUGCUUGGUUCCGCCACUUCCAUCCAGAGACGGUUGAGAGCGCCAAGAAGAGAUAUGAUGAACAGCUCGUCCGAGUUGUUGGCGUUCUUGAUAAGAUUCUGGCCGGGAAGCAGUACCUGGUUGGAGACAAACCUACCUAUGCCGACUUUGCUUUCAUCCCUUGGGACAAUGGGAUAGGCUGGAUCUUCGGCGAAGACCAGGCACAAAUCCUUCCCGAGGAUAAGUACCCCAACUUCUUUGCCUGGCACAAGCGUCUGGUGGCUCGGCCAUCAGUUCAAGCUGCCCUCGCGGAACAGGGGAAGGCCCGGGCACAGGCUCAUAAGUAA